AUGUCUUACUGGAAUUCAGCUUUGCCAAAGUCUCCAUUGCCUUCCAAAGCUGUACAGCAACUUCUAAACCUUGCAGAAGGUGAAAGAAGCUACACUGGGAUAGGAAAGGAUGCUGUAAGUCUUAAACCACAUAGUAUAAAAACUGGGUAUGCUGAUGUUGUAAGUGUUACACCACAUAGUAUCAAAACCGGCUAUGCUGAUGCUGUAAGUGUUACACCACAUAGUAUCAAAACCGGUUAUGCUGCCUUUGGAGAAGAAGUAAAACUGGAGCGAGAUUUAACUACAUUUUUCCAAGGAAAAGAUCUUCAAGAUUCGGGAAAAACAGUAACAUUGCGAUUCUUGAAACUCACAAGUAAUAAGGCAACUCUUUUGCCUCGUCAAGUGACACAGUCCAUACCAUUUUCAAGUAGCAAGUUCCCAGAAAUUCUAACCUACUUUGGAGUGAACCCCAAAUCAGCGGCUGCAGAAAGAAUGAAAAGGACAAUCAAAGACUGUGAAGCACCAGCCAUCAAAGGCGAAGAAAAGUAUUGCGCAACAUCGCUAGAAUCCUUGAUCGAUUUCACUGUUUCUAAGCUCGGAAAGAACGUCCAAGUUUAUGCAACCGAGGCCGAAAACAAAAACGAAAAGAAACAAGAAUAUAGCAUUGACAUAACUGGAGUUCUAAGUCUUGGAGAUAGGUCUGUUGUGUGCCAUAAGGAAAACUAUGUUUAUGGUGUGUUUUACUGCCACAAAUUCUAUGGCACAACAACAAGGGCUUACAUGGUUCCGUUGGUGGGUGUUGAUGGAGUUACAAAAGCCAAAGCACUAGCUGUUUGCCAUAUUGACACCACUGCUUGGAACCCGAAACAUUUGGCCUUUCAAGUCCUCAAAAUAAAGCCUGGAAAUACAAUCCCAGUCUGUCAUUUUCUUGACACUACCAGUCUUUUGUGGGUUCCUAUUUAAGGCAUCCAUAUCAAAUCCUGUUGGAGUUGUUAGGUUUUGCUUAUCUUUAAGGUUGCUAAUAAGUCCUAGUUAUUAGUGACCUGCAGUUAGUUUUUGAUUCAUUCCUGCAAUCAUGCAUGUAAGCCUCUGUUUGUUAAU